AUGGGAGAUUUGUGUUCCUUUCAACAACAAUUUGAGACUUUCCUCAAGAUGUAUGAAGAAAAUCGUGCAAAGGAUAACCAGGAACGACAGCAAGAUAGAGCAUCAAUGGCGGCUCAACAACAGGCGUUAACCGAGCGAUUAGAUGAAUUGUCAAGAGAUUUGUUCACAGGAAGGCAUGAAGGACGUGUUGAUGGAGGCGAAGGGAGUGUUAACAGAGGCAUACGUGAAAGAAGGGGAGUGGGAGAGAUUCCAAAAGCAGCCCCGUUUGUUCCUAAAUAUACUAAAUUGGAUUUUCCAAAGUAUGACGGUUCCAUAGACCCCUUGAGUUGGAUUAAUAAAUGUGAGCAUUUCUUCAGGCAUCAAAAUACACCAGCAGAAGAAAAAGUGGGGUUGGCUUCCUUCUAUCUUAAGGGAGAUGCCCAGUUGUGGUUCUUGAAGGUGGAAAGAGACAGACCAUCAAUUACUUGGGACGAAUUCAAGAGACAAUGUAAUCUGCGAUUUGGUCAACCGGUUCGAAGUAACAAGUUGGGAGAAUUGGUGAAAUUACGGCAGAUAGGUGGAUUACAGGAGUAUAUUGCUGUGGAAGUAGAACUGCAUCAGCCACCAGACCUCACUAGUGCCAUGAGCCUAGCCCGAUUGUAUGAAAGACGAGGUAAUCGCAACAAAAGUGAGUCUUCUUCCCUGCGGCGAAUUGGUUCCGUUCAGCCGCGUUCUUCUCCCUUUGUGAAGAAACUGAAUCAAGCCGAAUUGGAGGACAGAAAAGCCAGAGGACUUUGUUUCAAUUGUGAUGAACGUUUUACUCCCGGGCAUCGCUACAAGAAGCUUUUUUGGCUUGAGGUUUUAGAGGAUAAUAGUCAAAUUGAAGAAGGCGGAGCAGUGGAAACUUUAGAAGAUGCUGAAAUUUCUAUUCAUGCCAUCACCGGAACUCCAUCUUCACGAACAAUGUGGAUUAGAGGGUCCUUGGAAGGAUAUCCACUGCUGAUACUAAUUGAUUCUGGUAGUACCCAUAGUUUUUUGGAUUCAACUUUGGCAAGAGAAUUGAAUUUGCCGAUUGAGUACAAGGAGGAACUAAGAGUCAUGGUAGCAAAUGGGGAGCGAGUCUAUUGUGAAGGAGUCUACCGUGGAGUAUCCUUGCUUCUGGGGAAUUCUAUUUUUACUCUUGAUUUGUUGUUAUUAUCUUUACCAGUCAAGAAGGCUGAUGGGACAUGGCGAUUUUGUGUGGAUUAUCGUGCUUUGAAUGCUAAGACCAUCAAAGACAAGUUUCCAAUUCCAGUGAUCGAAGAGUUGUUGGAAGAACUUCAUGGUGCUAAAUUCUUCACGAAGUUGGACUUGCGUUCUGGUUACCAUCAAAUUCGAAUGUCUCCGACUGAUGUUGAGAAGACUGCUUUUCGGACUCAUCAUGGGCAUUUUGAAUUUCUUGUCAUGCCUUUUGGGUUGACAAAUGCCUCUUAUACAUUUCAAGCUUUGAUGAACUCAGUUUUCCAGCCAUAUUUAAGGAAGUUUGUUCUUGUUUUCUUUGAUGAUAUACUUAUCUGCAGUAGAACUUGGGUGGAACACAUUCAACAUUUAAGAGAAGUUUUCUCUACUCUACUGAACCAUAAGCUCUUCUUGAAGCAAUCAAAGUGCAGUUUUGCUCAGUUACAAGUGGCAUAUUUGGUUCAUAUUAUCUCAGAACAAGGAGUUUCUGCUGAUCCCAGUUAUUAUCGUAAGUUUGUGAAGGAUUAUGGUUUAAUUGCAGCUCCUUUGACUACCAUGUUACGCAAGAAUGCUUUUGUUUGGUCAGAUCAAUCUAAGGCUGCCUUUGAUACACUUCGGGAUGCGAUGUCUCUAACACCAGUCUUGGCUUUAUCGGACUUCUCUCAAACCUUUGUGGUGGAAUGUGAUGCAUAUGAUGCUGGCCUGGGAGCAAAAAAUAAGGUUGAAUACUUACAACCAGCAGGUUUAUUGCAGCCAUUAUCAAUUCCAGUUCAGGUUUGGUCUGACAUCUCUUUAGAUUUUGUUGAAGGAUUACCUGUUUCCCAUGGGAAGUCUGUUAUGUUGGUGGUUGUUGAUAGAUUUUCAAAAUAUGCUCAUUUCCUUCCCUUAUCUCAUCCUUAUACGGCUAUUUCAGUGGCGAGAUUAUUUUUUGAUCAUGUUGUUAAGUUACAUGGAAUUCCAGAAUCCAUUGUUAGUGAUUGUGAUGCCACUUUUACAAGCUCUUUUUGGAAGGAAUUAUUUAGAUUAAGUGGAACUAAGUUGUCUUCUAGUUCUUCUUACCAUCCUCAAUCAGAUGGCCAGACAGAGGUAGUCAAUCGUACGGUGGAGAUGUAUUUGCGUUGUUUCACAGGUGACCGUCCUAAGAGUUGGGUGGAUUGGGUGUCUUGGGCUGAGUAUUUUUAUAAUACUGGCUUCCAUUCUUCUCUUCGUGCUACCCCUUUUGAAGUGGAUGUGUCAUUUGAUGUGGGGGAUAUGGUGCUUUUAAAGCUUCAGCCUUAUCGUCAAGUUUCAGUGGCUUCUAGGCGUAAUCAGAAAUUAACUCCUCGCUUUUAUGGACCUUUUCCUAUUGUUGAUCGAGUUGGCUUGGUUGCUUACAAAGUGCAGCUUUCAGAAGGCUCUAGACUUCAUCCAGUUUUCCAUGUUUCUUGUUUAAAGAAGUUCCAUGGUACUGAAUCUUGUUCUUUUACAUUACCUCUUCUUCAUAAAGGGGUGCCUAUUCCAACUCUACAAGCCUUGAUGGAUUCAAGAAUGAAAAAUGGUAAAAAAGAGGUUCUCAUUCAUUGGGAAGGAUUUUCUCCCGCUGAUGCUUCUUGGGAAUCUGCUGAUCAUAUGCAACUGCGUUAUCCUCGUUUCGCGCUUGAGGACAAACGCUCUUCAAAUGGGGAAAGUAAUGUUAUGAUCCAAGACCAGUCUGUUGCGGGCCGCUUAUCGAUUCCAGUUUCUCAAGUCGAAACUCAAUUUUUAACCCAAAUAGAGGCAGAUGAAUUGGAUAUGGAUACCAAAGAGAACAAGUCCAUCGAGGUGGGUUUGAUCAAGCCAUCCAUGAGGGAAUUAUCCCGUAUGCAAUUGACCAAGUGGACCAUGAAAAGUCCCAUUUAUGCUCUGUAUCCAUCCUCGUUGUGGAGGAGAAUGGACUGA